UUAACAUUAUUGAGAUAUUCCAGUUUCCGUGUUGAAAUUUUGACGUGUAACAAAAACUUCUUUUUAGCAACCAUGAUCAAGACCAUUAUACUGAUCGGAGGGCCAAUGAAAGGUACUCGUUUUCGACCAAUGUCCCUGGAGCUUCCUAAGCCCCUGUUUCCUGUCGCCGGGUACCCAAUAAUUUAUCAUCACAUUGAAGCCUGCAGCAAGGUUCCCCACAUGAAGGAAGUGAUACUGAUUGGAUUUUACCAGCCAAAUGAUGCCUUAAACAAGUUCAUCAGUAGUGUACAGCAAGAGUUCAAAAUCCAAGUCAGAUACCUCCAGGAGUACACAGCACUAGGGACAGCGGGAGGAUUGUAUCACUUUAGGGACCAGAUCCUGGCGGGGAAUCCAGACAGCUUCUUUGUGAUGAACUCGGAUGUGUGUGGGGAUUUCCCUCUCAAGGAAAUGUUAUCCUUCACAGUUCAGAAGGGGGGUGGAUCCCACUGUACAAUACUAGGCACAGAGGCAACAAGACAACAGUCCCUAAAUUAUGGCUGCAUUGUUGAGAACAAAACUACUCAUGAGGUUUUACAUUAUGUGGAAAAGCCAGAAACUUACAUCAGUACCAUCAUUAACUGUGGGGUCUACUUGUUCUCUCCCGACAUUUUCUGUACCCUGGAGAAGAUCUUCAAAAAGAACCAGGAAGACAACUACAAUUUCCAGACAGGAAGUGGGUGUUAUUCUGGGUCUCAUGAACGGGACUAUGACCCCAGUCUUCAGUUGAAUGAGAAGAUCAGACUAGAACAGGACAUCUUUGUUCCCAUGGCUGGUUCAGGGAAGCUGUAUGUGUACCACACCGAUAGAUUCUGGAGCCAGAUCAAAACCACAGGAGCUGCCAUUUAUGCAAACCGACAUUACUUAGCUCUAUACCAGGAUCUGCACAGAGAGAGGCUGGCUAGAAAUGGGGAGCUGAAGCCCCAGAUCAUCGGGGACGUGUACAUCCACCCCACAGCGGAUGUCCAUCCAACAGCCGUGCUUGGUCCCAAUGUAAGUGUUGGUAAACAUGCUGUGAUUGGAGAAGGUGUGAGGGUCAGGGAAUCCAUUGUUCUAGAGGGCGCUGUUCUACAGGAUAACUGCUGUGUGCUGUACAGCGUGAUUGGCUGGAACGUUACCAUAGGAAUGUGGACUCGUGUGGAAGGCACACCUAAUGACCCCAACCCCAACAAACCAUUUGCCAAAGUCGAUGUCAAGGACACAUUUAGUCCUGAGGGGAAACUCAAUCCAUCCAUCACUGUCAUUGGGAGUAAUGUACAGGUACCCUCUGAGGUGAUCUUACUGAAUGCCAUAGUGUUACCCGACAAAUCACUCAGUGGAAGCUGCAAGAACCAAAUCAUCCUCUAGUGUUACCAUGGCAAUCUCCCAGAAUGCACUGCCAACAUCAUUCCCAACAUGCCAUUUUUGUUCCUUCAUUACUUUCUGUAAACGUUUUGAACGAUUUCAUUCUAAAUGAGUUUGUUAUUUGUACAUGUAUAUAGUAAUUUAUUAACACUUUCAUAUUCAUUAAAUAUCUAUUUUCCUAUUGCUUUGCUAUAAGAAUAUGUUCAUAAUAUUUAUAAAGUAUUUUGAGACAUUUAUUUACAGAGAAGUCUAUGCUUAUAUACGUGAUAUUUUUUGCGGUGAUUCAGUCAUUGCAUCAGAUACUUUGAGAGUGCUCAUUUAUAUUUUAGGGAUCUGAUUUAAGAGGAAUUCCAUAAUCUUAUACAAUUGAACCAUAUAUUCUAUGUACUCCAUGCUUUGGUAUCAUUAAACUUGAAAUUGAUGAAAGAAA